CUACUACACAUCAUUAUGGCCUCUGCAGAAUACGUUUCCCUUAGCCGCACCGGCGACAAGAUGCCCCUCGUUGGCUUCGGCUGCUGGAAGAUCUCCCCUGAGGAUGCUGAGAACACCAUCUAUGAUGCCAUCAAGACUGGUUACCGUCUCAUCGAUGGUGCUGCUGACUACGGAAACGAAGUCGAGGUUGGCCGUGGUAUCAACAAGGCUAUCAAGGAUGGUCUUGUCAAGCGUGAAGAGCUCUUUGUCGUCACCAAGCUGUGGAACACCUACCACAACAAGGCCAACGUCCGUCCUUCAUUCGACAGACAGCUCCAGGAUUUGGGUCUCGAGUACAUCGAUCUUUACUUGAUUCACUUCCCCGUUCCCUUGAAGAAUGUCGAGAAGUCUGCUGCCUAUCCCCCUGGCUGGUACGCUCCCAACGGUGCCACCGCCAUUGAGUUCGAGCGUUCCCCUAUGCACGAGUGCUGGAGAGAGCUUGAGAAGAUUGCCGAAUCUGGUCUGGCCAAGAACAUUGGUAUCUCCAACUUCAACGUCCAGUUGAUCUUGGAUCUCUUGACUUAUGCCAACAUCAAGCCUGCUGUUCUCCAAAUCGAACUCCACCCUUACCUCCAGCAGACUCGCCUCGUUGAGUGGGUCCAGUCCCAGGGUAUCAACAUCACUGCUUACUCUUCCUUUGGUCCUGCCUCUUUCAUCCAGUUGACUGAGGAUGGCAAGUCCGCACAGCCCCUGUUGGAGCAUGAGGUUAUCAAGUCCAUUGCUAAGAAGCACGGAAAGACCGCCGGUCAGGUUCUCCUCCGCUGGUCCCUCGACAGAAACGUUGCUGUUAUCCCCAAGAGCAUGCACGUUGAGCGCAUGCAGUCUAACCGCGAUAUCACCUCCUGGAGCCUCGAUAGCGAGGACCAUAAGCAGAUCAAGACCAUUGACCGUGGUCUCAGAUUCAACAACAUGGACAGCUACGGCUUCAACCUCCCCCUCUUUGCUUAAAUCCAAUCUGGAAUUGUAUUUGUUACUUUUAUUUUCUUUUAAGAAAAAAGGCAUUUAUGCGUGUAUAUUAAACAACAACAAACAAACAAACAAACAAACAAACAAACCUGUUCAAAUGUGAUUUGAUAAUGCAAUGGAGUAUGUGAGAAUAAAUAAAUGGUGGUGGUGGGUCAUUAUGUAAUUUGCUG